AUGAGCAGAGGAAUAUUGGCCAAAAGUCCUGUUACCAUUUACACUCGCCCCCUCUCUUGUAAACGCCGUCUGUUUUGUGACUGUGUGGAUACCAUGGUGUGGGAGGUGGUGACUUCCAGUGUAAAUAAACACACCAUGAUGCACGGCACUCAAGAGAAGAUGGCUGUUGAUAAGAACACACAGUCCAAUGACCAGUUUCCAUGUGAUGAGGGAUUGACCUGUUCUUCAUCAAUGCCGACCAGUGACAGCUUCAUAGAAUAUGAUGACCUGCCGGAGCUGCAGCAGGCCCCUGUGGAGACGCCCCUCGUGUUUCAGAUUGAGGCUGGAGUGUCCCACCAACAGCAGACCACUGACCCCGAUACUCAGAAACUGACCCAGCUCGCUCUCAUUGCCACAGGACCACAGAGCCCCCUGCUGCCGGACAACGCACACUGCAGCUGCAGUACAGAUCAUCAUUCAUAUGCUCGACCUCCUCUCGAGUCCCGCUGCAGUUUGUCUCCCUCUAGAGGUUGUGGAAGACAGCGCAGACACAGCAGGACGAGCAGUGAGUGUGGGUCUGCGGUGUCGACUCGCUCCUCUCUCUCUGAGGAUGAAGACAUGGGGUGGAACUUCUCCUGGCCCUCUACCGUCUGGCAUUGUUUUAUCCAAGGUACUCGGUUGCGUUUCCUUAGCAACAGUAAAAAUGAUUGGCAGGACAUUGGCGAAUUUAUAAGUGACAAACUUUCUGAAGAGGAGGAACUCACAUUAAAGAGUUACGGCUCAGAGGGACUUCAGCUGAUGGAACAUUCGGAGACUGUGUCAGGUGACCAGCCUGUGCUUGAACUGACAUUUAACCCUGGACCCUUCGGAAACAGUUUUCUGAUUGCGCAGUGCCAACUUGAUCACCCGUUCUAUGUCAAAAACAAAGGCUGGUCCUCAUUCCACCCGAGCCUCACUGUGGUGCAUUAUGGGAUACCGUGUUACGAGAUGGAGGUGGCAGACGUCUGCUUACCACCGGGACACAGAGAUGCUAAGCACAUGGAUGACUCCCUGGUGUUGGACACUUUCAGGAGUUACUCGUUCACACCUCUGGACUCGUCUGCGGUAUACGUGCUCAGCAGUAUGGCCCGACGGAGGAGGGAGUCUCAGUCCAGCUCAGACACGGCCUCUCCAGACAGAAAGACAGCACAUGGCUCACACAGACCCGGCACGUCCCGCUCUCCUCAUCACAAACCAAUCUCUGACCAAAACCAAGACUCACCAGGAAACAGCGCGGCCACACCCUCCAAGAGCAAGCGGCCGAUGAACGCCUUCAUGUUGUUCGCUAAAAAGUACAGAGUUCACUACACGCAGAUGCAUCCCGGAAAAGACAACAGCUACCCCGAAGGCUCUACUAAGAGUCAAAAAUAUUCUAUAAGGCGGCGGGCAGCGGACUUUGCAGUUGAUGAUGAAGUAUUGUAUUACUGCAAGGGAAGCAGUCAAUCAAAGAGAAAGGUUGUGACUGCAAAAGAGGAAGCACAACAAAUCUUCAGAGAGUUUCAUGCCAGUGCUUAUGGUGCCCACUGUGGCAUAGUUAAAACCAGAGAUGCUAUAAGCAGACGGUUUUACUGGCCAGGCAUGUCCAAAGACAUCGACAAGUGGGUCAGUCAAUGUGUGGAAUGCCAGAAAAGUGCACUGACAAUUAAGCAGGAGACAAAACCCAUCCCAAUUGAAGUGAGUCAACCAUUUGAAUUGGUUGGGAUGGACCUUAUAGGCAAGUUGAACAAGGAGCUGUGCAAAAUGCUGAACAUUGAGCGCAGCCUUUGUGCUCCCUAUCAUCCGCAGACCAAUGGGCUGGUAGAAAAGCACAAUGGGACGAUUCAAAGAGCACUGUGCAAACUUGUGAGUGAGCGACCAGAAACUUGGGACACGUACUUGGAUCCUGUGAUGUUUGGGAUCAGAACCAAAAAACAGUCAACUACCAAGUUCUCACCAUACUUCCUCCUCUUUGGAAGAGAGGCUCGUCUGCCAUGUGAGGUUCCAGAGAACAUCCUGAUUGACAGCAAAAUUGAGGACACUCUGGGGGAGGAGUCGGUGGUGGAGUCAAAUAAAAAAAAGGGAUGCAAUUUAUAA